GGAGGAGGAGGAGGAGGAGGAGGAGGAGGAGGAGGAGGAGGAGGAGGAGGAGGAGGAGGAGGAGGAGGAGGAGGAGGAGGAGGAGGAGGAGGAGGAGGAGGAGGAGGAGGAGGAGGAGGAGGAGGAGGAGGAGGAGGAGGAGGAGGAGGAGGAGGAGGAGGAGGAGGAGGAGGAGGAGGAGGAGGAGGAGGAGGAGGAGGAGGAGGAGGAGGAGGAGGAGGAGGAGGAGGAGGAGGAGGAGGAGGAGGAGGAGGAGGAGGAGGAGGAGGAGGAGGAGGAGGAGGAGGAGGAGGAGGAGGAGGAGGAGGAGGAGGAGGAGGAGGAGGAGGAGGAGGAGGAGGAGGAGGAGGAGGAGGAGGAGGAGGAGGAGGAGGAGGAGGAGGAGGAGGAGGAGGAGGAGGAGGAGGAGGAGGAGGAGGAGGAGGAGGAGGAGGAGGAGGAGGAGGAGGAGGAGGAGGAGGAGGAGGAGGAGGAGGAGGAGGAGGAGGAGGAGGAGGAGGAGGAGGAGGAGGAGGAGGAGGAGGAGGAGGAGGAGGAGGAGGAGGAGGAGGAGGAGGAGGAGGAGGAGGAGGAGGAGGAGGAGGAGGAGGAGGAGGAGGAGGAGGAGGAGGAGGAGGAGGAGGAGGAGGAGGAGGAGGAGGAGGAGGAGGAGGAGGAGGAGGAGGAGGAGGAGGAGGAGGAGGAGGAGGAGGAGGAGGAGGAGGAGGAGGAGGAGGAGGAGGAGGAGGAGGAGGAGGAGGAGGAGGAGGAGGAGGAGGAGGAGGAGGAGGAGGAGGAGGAGGAGGAGGAGGAGGAGGAGGAGGAGGAGGAGGAGGAGGA